CGGUGUCAGCGUCCCCGCGGAAGUGCCGGCUGCAAGGGAGGAAGAUGGCAGCCACUGCGGCGCUACCUGGGGCUGCGGCCGGCCGAACGAACAAGCGCGGCGGCGGCCCGGGCGGCGGAGGAACCCAAGGUGCGGGGGAGGAGCCGCCGCCGCCUCUCCAGGCCGUUCUGGUGGCGGAUAGCUUCAAUCGCCGCUUCUUCCCCAUCUCCAAGGACCAGCCUCGGGCCCUCCUGCCCCUGGCCAAUGUGGCGCUAAUUGACUACACUCUGGAAUUCCUGACGGCCUCGGGUGUGCAAGAAACAUUCGUCUUUUGCUGCUGGAAGGCUGCUCAGAUCAAGGAACAUUUGCUGAAAUCCAAGUGGUGCCGUCCUACAUCCCUCAACGUUGUUCGAAUAAUUACCUCAGAGCUAUACCGAUCUCUAGGAGAUGUCCUCCGUGACGUUGAUGCCAAGGCCUUGGUGCGCUCUGACUUUCUGCUGAUAUAUGGAGAUGUCAUCUCAAAUAUCAAUAUUACCAGAGCCCUAGAGGAACACAGGUUAAGACGGAAACUAGAAAAAAAUGUGUCUGUGAUGACAAUGAUCUUCAAAGAGUCAUCCCCCAGCCACCCUACACGCUGCCAUGAGGACAACGUGGUGGUAGCUGUGGAUAGUACCACAAACCGCAUUCUGCAUUUCCAGAAGACCCAAGGCCUCCGGCGGUUUUCCUUUCCUUUGAACCUGUUCCAGGGCAGUAGAGAUGGAGUGGAGAUUCGAUAUGACUUACUGGAUUGCCACAUCAGCAUCUGCUCUCCUCAGGUAGCUCAACUCUUCACAGACAAUUUUGACUACCAAACUCGAGAUGAUUUCGUGCGAGGCCUGUUAGUGAAUGAGGAGAUCCUAGGAAACCAAAUCCACUUGCAUGUAACAAGUAAGGAAUAUGGUGCCCGGGUCUCCAACCUACACAUGUACUCAGCUGUCUGUGCCGACAUCAUCCGUCGAUGGGUCUACCCUCUCACUCCAGAAGUAAACUUCACUGACAGCACCACACAGAGCUACACUCAUUCCCGACACAACAUCUACCGUGGGCCCCAAGUCAGCCUGGGCCAUGGCAGUGUCCUGGAGGAGAAUGUGCUUCUGGGAGCCGGCACUGUCAUUGGUAGCAAUUGCUCCAUUACCAACAGUGUCAUUGGCCCUGACUGCCACAUUGGUGACAAUGUGAUACUGGACCGGGCCUACCUGUGGCAGGGAGUUCGAGUGGCUUCUGGAUCACAAAUACACCAGUCUCUGCUCUGUGACAAAGCUGAGGUCAAGGAACGAGUUACCCUGAAGCCACAUUGUGUCCUCACUUCCCAGGUGGUAGUGGGCCCAGAUAUCACGCUGCCUGAGGGUUCGGUGAUCUCUUUGCACCCUCCUGAUGCAGAGGAAGAUGAAGAUGACGGCCAGUUUAGUGAUGAUUCUGGAGCUGACCAAGAAAAGGAGAAAGUGAAGCUGAAAGGUUACAAUCCAGCAGAAGUAGGCUUUGAAGGCCAGGGAUACCUCUGGAAAGCUGCAGAUGUGAACAUGGAGGAAGAGGAGGAGCUACGGCAGAGUCUGUGGGGACUCACGAUUGAUGUGGGAGACGAGAGCGAGACUGACAGUGAGCGGAGUGUGGAUUCUGAGCAGCUGGACAGCCGCGCAGGCUCCCCUCAACUGGAUGACAUCAAAGUAUUCCAGAAUGAAGUCCUGGGAACACUGCAACGAGGCAAAGAGGAGAAUAUUUCUUGUGACAAUCUAGUCCUGGAGAUCAACUCUCUCAAGUAUGCCUACAACAUUAGCCUAAAGGAAGUGAUGCAGGUCCUGAGCCAUGUGGUCCUGGAGUUCCCCCUGCAGCAAAUGGAUUCCCUGCUUGACCCAAACCGCUACUGUGCCAUGCUGCUUCCUCUGCUCAAAGCCUGGAGCCCUGUUUUUAGGAACUACAUAAAGCGUGCAGCUGACCAUUUGGAAGCAUUGGCAGCCAUUGAGGACUUCUUCUUGGAUCAUGAAACUCUUGUUACUUCCAUGGCCAAGGUUCUGAUGGCCUUUUACCAACUGGAGAUCUUGGCUGAGGAAACAAUCUUGAGCUGGUUCAGUCAAAGAGACAUAACUGACAAAGGCCAGCAGUUGCGCAAGAAUGGACAGCUGCAGAGGUUCAUCCAGUGGCUAAAAGAGGCAGAAGAGGAGUCAUCUGAAGAUGACUGACGGCAACUGCUGCCUCCCGUCGUGUGUUGUUGGUUGCCCACCCAGCGGAUUGGGAGGGACAAGAAAGCUGGCUGCAGAAGCACGAGUGGCCACUACAGACUGAGACUUAACGGAACACAAGUGCAGCUUCAGUAUUCUUCCUACUGCUGGCAACCGUGUGCGUCUUUCUCAUCCUGACUGAAGUUGGGGUGUGGGAGUUAGACUGAAACAAGUCUAGGGAAUCUAGACAGACCCUGCAGUUGGAGGUAGGCCAGAGGACGUGCUCUGUGCUCCAUCUUUCCCUCAGGGGACAGUAAAGAGCAGCUGGCCCUCUC